GCCCGGGCGGAGCGGAACGGCCGCGGUGGCGUCGGCGAGCCGCAGGACUCAUUGGGCGCGUGCCGCGGAGGGAUACGGCGGCCGGGCGUCGUCGGCGCGGACAGACGGCGAGGAGCGGGACUCGCUUUCGACGGCCGGCCCGGCAUCAUGGCCUCGGAGCUGGAGAGCCUCAACCCCGGGCAGCGCAUCAUGACCUUCCGCCCCACCAUGGAGCAGUUCCGCGACUUCAGCCGCUACAUCGCCUACGUGGAGUCGCAGGGCGCCCACCGCGCCGGGCUGGCCAAGAUCGUGCCGCCCAAGGAGUGGAAGCCGCGGCAGUGCUACGAUGACAUCGACGAGCUCGUCAUCCCCGCGCCCAUCCAGCAGGUGGUGACGGGGCAGUCCGGGCUCUUCACGCAGUACAACAUCCAGAAGAAAGCCAUGACGGUCCGCGAGUUCCGCAGGAUCGCCAACAGCGACAAGUACUGCACUCCCCGGUACACGGACUUUGAAGACCUUGAGCGAAAGUACUGGAAAAACCUUACAUUCAAUGCCCCCAUCUACGGGGCCGACGUUAACGGCACGCUUUACGACAAGCAUGUAGAUGCGUGGAAUAUUGGCAGAUUGAACACAAUCCUGGAUAUUGUGGAGAAUGAAAGCGGCAUAACCAUUGAAGGAGUGAAUACUCCUUACCUGUAUUUUGGCAUGUGGAAAACUUCCUUUGCCUGGCACACCGAGGACAUGGAUCUCUACAGUAUUAACUACUUGCAUUUUGGGGAACCCAAGUCAUGGUACUCGAUCCCUCCAGAGCAUGGGAAGCGACUCGAGAGACUUGCAAAAGGUUUCUUUCCAGGAAGCGCCCAGAGCUGUGAAGCAUUUCUCCGUCACAAGAUGACCCUCAUCUCUCCAUCAAUUCUGAAGAAAUACGGCAUUCCAUUUGAUAAGGUGACGCAGGAGGCUGGGGAGUUCAUGAUCACCUUCCCUUACAGCUAUCACGCUGGCUUUAAUCACGGCUUUAACUGUGCUGAAUCCACCAACUUCGCUACUCUUCGGUGGAUCGAGUAUGGGAAGCAGUCGGUGCUGUGCUCAUGUCGGAAGGACAUGGUGAAGAUCUCCAUGGAUGUGUUUGUGAGGAAGUACCAGCCAGAUCGUUACAAGCUUUGGAAGGCUGGGAAGGACGUGACUGUCAUCGACCAUGCUCUUCCAACCCCAGAGGCAGCAGAGUUCCUGAAAGGGGAUCUCAUGCAAAAAGUCAAGAAUGGGAAACAGUGUGCUGAGGAAAUGGAAACAGAAGAGGCGUGUAAAGAGGAGGUGGAUGAGGACGAGAUUAAAAGCAUCCCCAAGCAUCGCAUAGGAACAAAAAGACACAGGGUCUGCCUGGAGGUGCCUCAGGAGGUGAGUGAGAGUGAGGCCUUCCCCAAGGAGGAGCAGUAUGAAGCAGAUGUGGCAGAGCCUCGUGAGAGGCCUGUGAGUGAACUUGUGCAGCAAGGUGAACAAAGGCUGAAGCUUCCAGAUCGUGGGGACUCAGCUAAACUGGAAGAAUUGAAAACAGUGAAGCUUGAGGAGGAAGAAGAACAAGAAGCAGCUGUACUGGAUCUCUCCAUUUCACAUGCUUCCAAUUCCUCUUCAGUGCUGCCAGUGUCAAAGCAGGGCGCAGCAUCCAGCGUUCAGUCCAGCUCGCCUGCGUAUUCUUGCUCCUCAGACUCUGAAUCGACUGAGCUGUUGGCAAAACGAACUCUUCCUGGGCCAGCUGGGGUGUUCACAGUCCACAGCUACGCUAAGGGGGAUGCCAGCGGAUCCGACAGUGAACAGACUUCAGGGAAGAAAGCCAGUGCCACCGCCAGCGUGAAUGAGCAGGAGCUGACAGAGGUAGCAAAGGAGUACAUCAGCUCAGCAAAGGACAGCAAGAAGUCCAAGGGUCGUCGCCAGCCCUUGAGCAAACUCCCACGCCAUCACCCACUCUUGGUUAAAGACUGCAUUAGUGAUGAUGAGGCACCAGAGCAGCUAACUCCUGAAGAAGAGGCUGAGGAGACAGAGGCGUGGGCCAAGCCACUGAGCCAGCUCUGGCAGAACCGGCCACCAAACUUUGAGGCUGAAAAAGAGUACAAUCGGACCAUGGCUCAGCAGUCUCCCUACUGUGCUGUUUGUAUGCUCUUCCAGGCAUACCAGGCAGAAUGUGAAGGCAGCAGCCAAAACUCUGGAGUAACUCCAGCUGCUGUGGAUGGGAAGAUCCGAACCAAACCCCUGAUUCCUGAAAUGUGCUUUACUGCAACUGGCUGCAGCACUGACCUCAAUCUUUCAACUCCAUACCUAGAGGAAGAUGGAACCAGCGUACUCAUCACCUGCAAGAACUGCCACGUCUGUGUCCAUGCAAGUUGUUAUGGUGUAUCCCCUGACAAGGCCACUGAAGACUGGAUGUGCUCCCGGUGUAAAGAAAAUGCCUUAGAAGAGGAUUGCUGUUUGUGUUCAUUACGAGGAGGAGCACUACAGAGAGCCAAUGAUGACAAGUGGGUUCAUGUGAUGUGUGCUGUGGCUGUACUGGAGGCAAAAUUUGUGAACAUUGCAGAACGGAGUCCUGUAGAUGUUGGCAAAAUCCCCCUGCAACGUUUCAGACUGAAAUGCAUCUUCUGCAAGAAGAGGAGAAAGAGAAUCGCAGGUUGCUGUGUACAGUGCUCACAUGGUCGAUGUCCCACGUCCUUUCAUGUCAGCUGUGCCCAAGCAGCAGGAGUCAUGAUGCAGCCUGAUGACUGGCCAUUUGUUGUCUUCAUUACCUGCUUCAGGCAUAAGACUCCAUCUCAGGCAGAGCGAGCCAAGGCUGCACUCCAGGAUCUGUCACCUGGACAGAUAGUCAUCAGCAAGCACAAGAAUGGUCGCUUCUAUCAGUGUGAAGUGGUCAGCCUUGCAAAGGAGACUUUCUACGAGGUCAACUUUGAUGAUGGCUCCUUCAGUGAUAACCUGUACCCAGAGGACAUUGUGAGUCGAGACUGUCUUCAGUUGGGUCCUCCUGCUGAAGGGGAAGUCGUGCAGGUGAGAUGGACAGAUGGACAAGUUUAUGGAGCAAAGUUUGUCGCAUCACAUGCCAUCCAGAUGUACCAGGUGGAAUUUGAAGAUGGUUCACAGUUGAUGGUGAAAAGGGAUGAUGUAUAUACUCUUGAAGAGGAGCUUCCUAAGAGAGUGAAAUCAAGGCUGUCAAUAGCUUCAGAUAUGCGCUUCACAGAGAUCUUCGAAGAGAAGGAGGUCAGUCAAGAGAGGAAGAGGCAAAGAGUGAUCAAUUCACGCUACCGUGAAGAUUAUAUUGAACCUGCCUUGUACCGGGCCAUCAUGGAGUAAGCGCUGCCUGUGGCAGAGGAAGAAGAUGCCCACCUCCCCCGAGGAUUUAAAUGUUCCAGUACAACAGGCCAUAUUUGGAUGCUUCGAAUCCAGGGGUUUUAUUGGGGUUUUGUUCUUUUAUAUUUUAAGGAAGCUAAAAAGCUGUUGCUCUGCAGUAGCUGUAAGGCAGCUGUUGGAUAGUGAAAGAGAUCCCAUUUGCUGAAGCUGAUGCCUGCAGACUCCUGGUCUGAAGUUGGGUCCUCACCAAAUAAGCCGGCUUGGGGGUGUUGCUUUCAUCUCGUUGAGCAGUCUUGCUUUUUCAUUAGAGACAAUUUUGAGAGGUGGCAAACUCUUUUGGGAGUUGUAGCCAGGAAUCUUGGCAGCUGCAGAAUGGUAUGGUCUGUUGUUUUAACUGAAUAAUGUUCCUGAUUUUAGGAGUCUCCCUGGUGACCACACCUGGGCUUGAGCAGGCAGUAUUACUGGUGCUGGAAAUGGAACCUCUUUUAUACUUGUAUCCAUCUUUUUGUCGCAAGCAGCUUCAGUCUCUUGUUUCUCAGCGCCUCCUUUCUGAGGUUGAGCUGUAGGCUGUUCAAAUCCAACCAGACAGGAGGUGCUUGUGUGAACAGGUGAAAUGUGAAAUUGAAUCCAGUAGGACAAAUUAUUUAACCUUCCAUUUAAUAUUUUUGUUCUGGUAGUGCUUUUGACUUACUUAAUCAUAAGUUUAACUGUAUUAGUAUGUGCCUCAGAACCAAUCAAAUCUGUCUGGAGCCCUGCGCAGUGCAGCCUUCUAACAAGAAUAGAUGUUCAGCUCCCAAUAGACGUUCAGCUCCCAAAGAGUUUCUUCUGAGUUUCUCUAAGGCAAUAUGACUAAAGGGGCAGAGUCCUAGCUCUCCCUUCUUGAAAUCCAAGCAUCACAGGGUUGGGGAUGACAGGGCUGCAGCAUCUGAAGCCGUGCAGUCCCUGUUCUGGGGCAGCACUGUCUGUCGUGUGCCCGCAGGCUUUUGCUUGCAGCAGCUAAGAGUGGGUCUGAGACAGAUAAAGCAUGCACUGAGCUGUGUGUUACUGAAAGGCUGUGCACUGCUCUCCUGAAGCAAGAGUGCUGCCCUGUCGCUGUCUGGCAAAGGUUACUGUAGCAUUUUUAUAGAGUGUUAGUAGGACACAUCUCGGUUGUGUUGGAGAGAACUUGCUACCCCAGCAGCAGGAAGCUGAGUUGAGCUGGGUAAUUGGUGUGUGCUCGGAAGAUGUGCCAACUUGCUCCUAGUGAUUUAAGCAUUAACAGGACACAGUCGGAGCAGUGUAAAUACCUGUUCCUUUCCCAUUCUGUAGGAGAGGGAUUUUAGGCUGUGGAGCAGAUUGGCCACCUUGUUUUUGCAUGGAACGAUGGGGUGAAUUUUCCUACUGGAGAAAAUCAUGAUUGCGUGUUCUCCAGAAAACGUUCAAGAGGAGAAUUUUCUAAUGAAACAGACCUAAUGCAUCCCUGCUUCUAUAGGGACGUGGCAAUGUGUCUGCAAAGUCUGAAUUUGUAACUUUUUUCCUUUUGGUACAUAGGAUUGCUAUAAACCAAACUCUUCUGAAACCCCGGUGCAUCGACUUGUGAUUAGCAAUAAAAUGUAGUAUUGACUAGUGAUACAACUCUUGAUCAGAAAAGAAAUAAACUACCACUUUUAUACAGAAAA